UCAAGAGUUUCAUGCUCGAGAAGUAAAAACCUAGUAAAACCCUAAAUUUUUAUAAUAUUCCAAAAAGUGCCAGAUCAUUUCAAACAUUCAAAUCAUGUCCCUUGACCCUGAACCUGCCCCUUCUUCCUCAAGCAGCCGCGACUGGUUCUUCCCGUCACACUCCUUCGUUCACUCCUCUCAUCGGUACACACAGAAAUACCAAAAAUACCCUCGCCGAUUCUCCACCAAUACUAGAUUGUCCCAGCCACGUCAGCCUGAUUCGAAACCCCCGAGAACGCCGUCGUUUCGCUCCGUUUCGUCAUCGAACUCCUCUUUCAAAGACUCCAACUAUGCAGGGGUUAGAAAAAGAGCGUUCUACUCCACGUACCGUGCGGAGCAGCUGCCGAAACGCGAAGAAAUCGGUGCCGAAUCUGACCGAAAUGCCGGCGUUUCGGGCGAAAAAGCCGGUGAGAAGAAUUUUGGGUUUUGGGGUCAACGGGUCCAGGUCCGGUGGCAUAUGGCGAUUUCCUUGGCGGUGGUGAUCACAGCUUUUAGUUCUUUGGUGCACAAGAAUUUCUCUUUACAUAACCAAGUGAAUGAAUUGCAGGACCAGGUCUCAAAGCUGAACAUUAGAUUACGAGCUUGUAAUUUGUUGGAUUCUAUCCAUGUCAUUAGUUCCAUAUCAGAGGAGAGUGAUGAACUUCCUAGGAAAGGCUUAAAAAACUUGGCUCUAAUUUUUUCACUGACAAUUUUGUCAAUCCCGGUUUUUAUUUUGAAGUACAUUGAUUAUAUCUCUAGAUCAAGAUCAUCGGAUAGUAUUUCAGAAGAAGUUUCUCUAAAUAAGCAGCUUGCAUACCAGGUGGACAUAAUUUUAUCAGUCCAUCCAUAUGCUAAGUCAUUGGCAUUGUUGCUUGCAACUCUACUUCUUAUUUGUCUUGGGGGUUUGGCACUCUAUGGUGUGACUGAUGAUGGCUUAGCGGAUUGCCUUUGGUUAUCCUGGACAUAUGUUGCUGAUUCGGGCAACCAUGCAAACUCUGAAGGGAUUGGUCCAAGGCUAGUUUCAGUUUCUAUUAGUUUUGGUGGGAUGCUUAUAUUUGCAAUGAUGCUUGGACUUGUUUCUGAUGCAAUUUCUGAGAAGUUUGACUCACUAAGGAAAGGAAGAAGUGAGGUAGUGGAGCAAAAUCACACCCUAAUUCUCGGGUGGAGUGAUAAACUGGGAUCACUACUGAAUCAAUUGGCUAUAGCCAAUGAGAGCUUAGGUGGAGGUAUGGUUGUGGUGAUGGCUGAACGUGACAAAGAGGAGAUGGAGCUUGACAUUGCCAAAAUGGAGUUUGAUUUCAAAGGGACAUCUGUAAUCUGCAGAAGUGGUAGCCCUCUGAUUCUAGCUGACCUUAAAAAGGUUUCUGUCUCCAAGGCGCGUGCCAUAAUUGUCCUGGCUGAAGAUGGAAAUGCUGAUCAGAGUGAUGCUCGUGCACUAAGAACAGUCUUAAGUCUAACAGGAGUAAAAGAAGGAUUGAGAGGGCACAUUGUGGUAGAACUAAGUGAUCUUGACAAUGAGGUCCUAGUUAAACUUGUAGGAGGAGAACUUGUUGAAACUGUUGUAGCUCAUGAUGUCAUUGGGCGCUUGAUGAUUCAAUGUGCUCGGCAGCCUGGACUUGCACAGAUCUGGGAAGAUAUUCUUGGGUUCGAAAAUUGUGAGUUCUACAUAGAAAGAUGGCCGACACUGUAUGGCAUGUCUUUUGAGGAUGUAUUGAUCAGUUUUCCUGAUGCUAUACCUUGUGGGGUCAAGGUUGCUUCCUGUGGUGGUAAGAUUAUCCUGAAUCCUGAUGACUCGUAUAUACUACAAGAAGGUGAUGAAGUUCUUGUCAUUGCGGAAGAUGAUGACAGCUAUGCUCCAGCAGCAUUGCCUACGGUAAGGAGGGGAAAACUGCCCAAGGACUUUAUUGUACCACAGUCUACAGAAAGGAUACUUUUAUGUGGCUGGCGAAGAGAUAUGGAAGAUAUGAUUAUGGUGUUAGAUGCCUUUCUAGCGCCUGGUUCGGAACUAUGGAUGUUCAAUGAGGUGCUCGAAAAUGAUAGGGAAAAGAAGCUUAUUGAUGGUGGUCUAGAUCUCAGCAGGCUGGUGAAUAUAACACUAGUUAACCGUGAGGGGAAUGCUGUUAUACGGCGUCAUUUGGAAAGCCUUCCUUUAGAAUCAUUUGACUCGAUUCUAAUUUUGGCCGAUGAGUCAGUUGAAGAUUCUGCCAUUCAAGCAGAUUCCAGAUCUCUUGCCACGUUACUUCUGAUUCGUGAUAUUCAGGCAAAGCGCCUUCCAUGUAGAGAGGCUACAGUAACCCAACCGAACAGAGGUAGUUUCUCACCAGGUUCUUGGAUUGGAGAGAUGCAGCAAGCUUCUGAUAAAUCAGUGAUAAUUAGUGAAAUUCUGGAUCCAAGGACUAAGAAUUUAUUAUCCAUGUCAAAGAUCAGUGAUUAUGUUCUGUCAAAUGAGCUUGUCAGCAUGGCUUUAGCCAUGGUUGCAGAGGAUCGACAGAUAAAUGAUGUCUUGGAAGAGCUGUUUGCAGAAGAGGGAAAUGAGUUGCAAAUAAGGCAAGCAGAUCUAUACCUCCGCGAAGGUGAAGAAUUGAGUUUCUUUGAAGUAUUAUUACGAGCUCGAAAGAGGAGAGAGAUUGUUAUCGGUUAUCGUUUAGCCAAUGCUGAGAGAGCUGUCAUCAAUCCUCCUUCCAAAACUGAGACAAAGAGGUGGUCUCUGAAAGAUGUCUUUGUGGUAAUUGCAGAGAAGGAAUAAACCCUACUACAACUGUUGAAUGCUUGAACAUCCUGUACUGAAUCAUAAUCGAAAGCACGGAAAAUCAUCAGCUCGAUCCAUCUUGAUCACUCACGCCAGAAAUCAACCUCAAAAAGCAUUAAACACAGCCUUUUUAUGUUCCAAUUUCUGAAUGCAUAUCCUGCUUGCAAAAUGUACCAAGUAGUUUUAGAGUUUAUAGAACACAGGCCCUUCCACCCUUUCAGAUUGUUGAAUGAAAAUCAAAAGAUGAAUAUUUUCGCCUGCGUUUCAUGUUCAUAGAAAAGAAAAAGGGAAUUUGUAGACGCAGCUGAUAAAAAAAUAUCCUUUUUAUAUUGUAUCCUGCUUUGUAAAAUAUGCCUAGCUCGGAAGUUCUGGGUUCCGUACAUGCUAGCCAUUUUUGUUUAUGUUUGUGAAUAGAUUCAACUUAUUGUAUUACAAAUCUUGAAAACAAAAGAAGUAUGGCUUUUUUUUAGAUUUUC